UGGGAAAUUGCCGUUCUCCCAAAAAAUAAAUAAAAUUACAGAUCUAGUAACAUUUGGUUGCGAUCUUUCCUUCAAUUUCUUCCCAUCCUAACUAUGGCUUAUACAAUUCUCAUAUGGUCUCUAAUCUCAGCUAUCUUAGCCUCAAUUUUGAUCUUGGCUUCACACAUAAUCAAUGCUAGGAAAAACAGGAACAAGACGGCCGUCGGCUUCUUCCAUCCCUACACAAACGACGGUGGAGGCGGAGAGAGAGUUCUAUGGUGUUCAGUCAAAGCUAUUCAAGAAGAAAAUCCCGAUCUUCACUGUAUCAUCUACACUGGCGACCACGAUGCCACGCCCCAAAACUUGAUGGCUCGUGCCAUCGAUCGCUUCGGCGUCAAGCUCCUUCACCCUCCCAAGGUGGUGCAUCUUUAUAGAAGGAAAUGGAUUGAAGAGAGUACUUAUCCUCGGUUCACAAUGGUUGGACAAAGUUUUGGUUCAGUUUAUCUUUCAUGGGAAGCUUUGUGCAAGUUUACACCUUUAUAUUAUUUUGAUACUAGUGGAUAUGCAUUUACGUAUCCACUUGCUCGGAUUUUUGGCUGCAAAGUCAUUUGCUAUACGCAUUAUCCUACUAUAAGUUUGGACAUGAUAUCCCGUGUUCGUGAACGGAACUCAACGUACAACAAUAAUACCUUAAUUGCUCGAAGCCGUUGGCUAUCCCACUGCAAAAUUUUCUAUUAUACAUUAUUUUCUUGGAUGUAUGGGUUUGUGGGCUCUUGUACGCACUUGGCAAUGGUAAACUCUUCAUGGACUCAGUCUCAUAUUGAAAAGCUAUGGAGGAUACCGGAUCGUAUAAAGCGAGUCUAUCCUCCUUGUGAUACUUCUGGACUUCAGGUACUUCCUUUGGAAAGACCAACAGAAUCUCCAAACAUAAUUUCUGUUGCUCAGUUUCGUCCAGAGAAGGCACAUCCUCUUCAACUUGAGGCCUUUUCUCUUGCCAUAAGAAAAUUAGAUGCAGACUUGCCGCGGCCUAAGCUGCAAAUUGUGGGUAGUUGUCGAAAUAAAUCUGAUGAAGAAAGACUGCAGAACUUAAAAGACAAAGCGGUUGAACUGAAAGUGGAUGGAGAUGUGGAAUUCCACAAGAAUGUGAUGUACAGGGACUUGGUGAAACUUCUGGGAGGAGCUGUUGCCGGAAUCCAUUCCAUGAUUGAUGAGCAUUUUGGCAUAAGUGUUGUAGAAUACAUGGCUGCCGGCGCCAUCCCCAUUGCUCAUAACUCUGCUGGUCCCAGAAUGGACAUUGUUUUAGAAGAAGACGGACAGCCAACAGGAUUUCUUGCCCAAAAUGCAGAAGAAUAUGCUAGCGCAAUCCUGCAAGUUGUAAGGAUGCCUGAAACUGAGAGACUCAAGAUGGCAGCAGCCGCAAGGCAACGAGCUGGCAGAUUUUCCGAACAAAGAUUUUACGAAGAUUUCAAGGCUGCAGUACGACCAGUUUUAUGUCAUACUGACAAAUGAAGGACAAAUACAACCGUAACCAACUUGUAACUUAAACCUUGUCAUUGAAAUUUGGCUAACUACAAAUUUUGAUCUAACUUUUCACCCUUAAAAGAUGGCUCUCAUUUUGGGUACUUGAUUCUGCUUUCAAUUUCUCCAAGAGAUGUGAUUUAUUAUUUUCCAUGUCAGUUUAAAUCAGUCCGCCCAAACUAGUUUCUUAAUAAUCCAAUUGAAUCAGGGUAGCUUGUUUGUUUGUUUUUUCUUUUGAUGUUCGGUCAGUUUGCGUGCACCUUUUCAGUACUCUAAAGUGAAGGGUAAGAUAAAUCUUCCAAUUACCCCUAUUUGGAACUUAAAACCUUUUAACUAAUAUCUAAGGGUUUUUAUCUCUCCAUCGGACUACCUUAGGGCGAUUAGCUUGUUCAAUUAUAAUGGAAGUGGUUUUUG